CGAUGGGCCAUUGAAUUUGCUAACCGCAGGCUGCUGCUGGUGUUGGAAUGUAAAUGGUUGACUGGAAGAAGUGUAAUUGGAUAGUGGAGUGGUUUUCUCAGAGGGGUUGGGGAAGAGGAAUGGUUGUGGAGAAAGAGAGAGAGAGAGAGCGUGAGGAAAGAAACAAUGAAAGGAUAAAUAGUGCGCAUCCAUCUAUCGCGCAUACACACAUACACACACAGCAUGGUGGAGUACAGCACACAUGCCUCCCUCGCAGCGAGUGGGGUGGUGAGCCCCGGUGCGGAGGGCGUGCGCCUCGUUUCCCUUCGAAAUCAUCGUCAAAGUUCACGCAACCGAGUGCACGACGGAGCGAGUAACAGCAGCAGCGAGAAUGGUGAUCCUGCUGCCGGUGAAAAUCGAGCGCAACCUCCGUCGAUCGAUUCGUUAAUUAACCGUAGUGCGGGGUGAAACAUCGAAGGACCCGCCGGUGUGUACCUGUCAGCGUGUUGUCCACGUUUCCACGGAGAGAGCAGGCCACCAGGUGUUAUUAUCGUUGUUCCUGACCGCCCGGCUCAAGAAACAUUGUCCUCCCAUGACGCACGUUACCCGAAGUUGUCCUGCAACACCUGACAAGUGACUCACACCAUCAAAGGACAUCCUGCAACUGUCCAGAAAUAUCAGGGUUCUAUCCUAUCAUUUUUUUAUUCCAACUGCAAAUCCAAGGGGGAUGCUUCUUGCUAUAGAUUAGUCACCUGGUGAUCAGUGUUUUGAAGGAGACUCUGGGACACUGGUGUGUUAAUCCUUUCAAUAUACAGCUCCUGCAUCUUUGUUCUUAUGACUGGAGGACUCAAGAAGAUACUUCAGAAGUCAUACAUACAAAUACCACUCACAGCAAGCGAUUGUUGAGGACUUUGAGGACCAACCUGGGACCGGUGGAUCUUUUGACAAUAGAAAACUUGUUGUUUCUGCAUUCCUCGCAGGGUUCAAAGGGAUUAUAGCACCCUUUUGAGAACACAGGAGGUCUACAGCUGAUGACUAUUAGGACAUUGGACCGUGAAGACUAUCUUGAGACCAGUGAAUCCUUUGGCAAUAGGAAUACUGUUUUUACCAAUUGCAACAUACAGUGGUUCUUCGUCUGAUGGUGCUUUCCUUGGGAACAGAAGUUACACUUUCUCUUAUUUCAAGAAGCCCCUGUUGAACAAGAGGAAGAGGACGCAUUACCUUACGCUCGAACAGGAGGGACCGGAGGAUCUCCCUCGGCCGUUUGGCUGAUCUCGGUGGGAGGAGGGGCCCCGUGCGGCGGCGGGGGUGAGUUAAGGGUCGUCGGGACACGGCAGAUGUCAGGAUGCCGGAGCAGAGCAACGAUUAUCGCGUGGUGGUGUUCGGCGCGGGCGGCGUCGGCAAAAGCUCUCUCGUUCUCCGUUUCGUCAGAGGAACCUUCCGCGAGUCCUACAUACCCACCAUCGAGGACACCUACAGACAGGUGAUCAGCUGUAACAAAAACAUUUGCACGCUCCAAAUUACGGACACGACCGGGUCGCAUCAGUUCCCAGCGAUGCAACGGCUCUCCAUAAGCAAGGGUGACGCGUUCAUCCUGGUGUACUCAGUGUGCUCGCGGCAAAGCCUGGAAGAGCUACGGCCGAUCUGGGCCAUCAUCAGGGAGCUCAAGGGACAGGAUAUAUCGCAGAUACCUAUAAUGCUGGUGGGGAACAAAUGUGACGAGAGUCCAACGGUACGCGAGGUGUCGAUGAGCGAAGGAGCCGCAGAGGCGGCUAACUGGGGCUGCGGGUUCCUGGAGACCUCUGCGAAGACGAACCACAACGUAAACGCCUUGUUCCGGGACUUGCUGAUGCUCGAGAAGAACCGUGCGGUCUCGUUGCAACCGGUGCAGAGCAAUAACGCGAUCAGCCUCAAGGAGAAAUGCACCGUGAUGUAACCGAGCUCGAGCUCCUCGUGCCCUUUUACUUUCUUCUCCUCCCCCGUGAACCGCCGACGCCAUCGAAGACAACCGUUCCGUUCUUUAACCUCUUCGGACCUGAUUUUUAUACAGAAUUCUGUUCACUUACCUAACAAUAAUGGACUGCCAUUCGCGGCAGUACCGCUAACGACAUUAUUUAAUAUAAAAGAGUAGUACACCACUUUCCAAAUAGAAAUAGACUCAAAGCAAAGGUGUACAUAUGGUUGCCAGUCACAGUUUUAUCAUUGCAUCGGAUACCGAAGUAACAAAAAUAGUGUACACUGCAAUGUACACCGGGUCUGAAGGGGUUAAGCGCUUCCCCUUAACGCUAGGUUUACGGAACGCGUCAGUGAGACGCAUAUUGAAUUUUAUAAACAUUAUUCGGUAAUUAUUCAUAUCAAUUUCGACUGGUGCAGUUGGAGGAAUAUUUAUUUUAACCUCUUGCCUUAUAACUCUGUGUCAGUCUCAUGAAGAUUUUAAACAAAAUUGGAGAAAAAUAUUAUUCCUGUGUUAUCAGUAAUUACAUUUUAGUGCAAACAUAGAUACUAGAACUUCUCUGUUUUAACCUACAACUAGCACUCAAACUAACUUUUGAAAAUUUAUAAAAGCUACAAACGUUUAUUAAGAUUUCAACUGGUUUAAAUCUCAGCUUAGGUAUUACUUAAUCAACUUCUUCGGUAAAUUCUCAAAGAGAUAUUCUAGUGAUAAUAAAUCAUUAAUACCAAAAUAGUUGUAUCAACUCGAUUAAGCGAGUCGGCAAGGGGUUAAUCGUCUGUCUUUAAAUUCUUAACUUCUAACGCCUCCGAACGAACGAACGUCAACUUUUCUAGCGACAGUAGAGUAAAUAAUAGAAUAAACGUCCGCGAACCUAGCGCUAAGGUGUGCGUCUGGAAACGUUAUUUUUUCCACUGCAUCUACCUUCAGUCUCGAUAACGAUCGAUACCCGUCGCGUCGUCAACCGAAACGCGUACGCAUCGUUCCACGCAUUAGCGAGCAAUCAUGCGAGCAACUCAAUGAUUCGGAAGAUUCGAAACUCCGAAUCGCU